UCACUUUCCUUAUUGCUCAUUACCAUUUUAACUGAAUGCCUAUUAACCACCAGCAACGAUAUUGGGACAUUAUUGUACGAGGUGUAUUAAUUACUUAAACGUUGUUGUUUCAUAUGGUUUUGGCUGUGAGCAAGUUUUAAAAAAGCAAACUUUUGGCUUUUAUCGCGCAUACUAAAAUGUUCUUAUUGUACAUUUUUAUUUUUUUUGUUACCAUCUCGACAGUAAAAAGUGAAGGGGGUGCAAUUUGUGACUGUCAGGAUGUUGGAAUAUUAAAGGAUAUAGUACAACAAGUUCUAAUAGAACAACGAAUGGAGUCUGCUAGAAUUAGUAGAUUAGAAGAAAGACUAAAGGCGUACGAGAGAACUGGACCAAUUCCAAAUGAUCGUCUAGAAAAGUUAGAACAAAACGUGAAAGAUAUCAGUAUGAAAUUCAAUGAAACAGUCACCGAGGCAAAGAAUAAAAACAAAGGAUUCAAUCGAGGCAUUGGUGCCAUUGUGAAGAGGACGCUGAUCUCGGAGAAAAAAGAAAGACAAAAAUUAAUUUCAAACAUGAAUGAAAUAGUAAAUGAACAUAAGGUUAUCAUAGAAAAAUUCAAAGUUGCAAUUAACAAUACCAUAGACGAACGUUUCGAAUAUAUACAUGCUAAGCAAGUCAAAUACAAGAAUGAAAUUAAAGAAUUUUUAGAUGAUACGGAAAACGAUACUGCCAGUUUUAUCGAAACUGUAUUUAACAACAUCUCUAUAUUUAAAGAUAAACUUAUGACAGACGUUAAUGGAAAUCAUAAUAGUAUCAAAGAACUGAAUAACGAUAUUCAACGCAUUUCAUCAGAUAUUGUUUCAGUAAAUCAACAUGUAGGGCAUAACAGAAAUAUGGUAGAUACUCUGAGUAAUCAAGUGAAAGAAAACAAAGAAUGGGAACAGUGGUCUUCAUGGGGAGAAUGUUCUGAACUGUGUGGUGCUGGACUAAGAGAACGAGUAAGGACGUGUGCAUCACCAUUUGGUUGCAUAGGCAACUCGAAGGAUUUCAAAAUAUGCAAUAUUGAAACUUGCAAAGUUCGAUUGGUUGGAGGAUCAAAUCAGUAUGAAGGGAGACUGGAGGUAUGGCAUAAUGAGUCUUGGGGGACAGUGUGCGAUGACGGGUUUACAGCGCUAUCAGCAAGUGUUGUUUGUAAGAUGCUAAAUUAUCCACAUACUAAUCCUUUUGUAUUUGGGUCCACACAAUUCGGCGAGGGAACAUUACCGAUACAUUUGGAUGAUGUUAGAUGUACGGGAACAGAAAUAAGCUUACCUCAAUGCCAACAUAGAGGAUUUGGAACUCAUGAUUGUAGUCAUGGUGAAGAUGUCGGCAUAUCAUGUACUCCUGUUCGAUUGGUGAAUGGGUCAAAUCAACAUGAAGGGAGACUGGAAGUUUGGCACGAUAAUUCUUGGGGAACAGUAUGUGAUGAUGACUUUACAGCGCUGUCUGCAACUGUUGUUUGCAAUAUGUUAAAUUAUCCACAUGACAAUCCUCUGGUAUUUAAGUCCGCAUACUUCGGCGCCGGAAAAUGGCCAAUACACUUGGACGAUGUUGAAUGUACGGGUACUGAGAUAAGCUUACUUCAAUGUCCACAUAGAAGUUGGGGAUCAAAUAAUUGUGGUCAUGGUCAAGAUGUUGGCAUAUCAUGUACUCAAGUUCGAUUGGUGAAUGGGUCAAAUCAGUAUGAAGGGAGACUGGAAAUAUGGCAUGAUGAGUCUUGGGGGACAGUGUGCGAUGAUUCCUUUACAGUGCUAUCAGCAAGUGUUGUUUGUAAGAUGCUAAAUUAUCAACAUACUAAUCCUCUGGUAUUUGGGUCGGCACACUUUGGCGAGGGAACAAUACCGAUACAUUUGGACGAUGUUCAAUGUACGGGAACUGAAAUCAGCUUAACUCAAUGUCAACAUAGAGGAUUUGGAACUCAUAAUUGUGGUCAUGGUGAAGAUGUCGGCAUAUCAUGUACUCCUGUUCGGUUGGUUAACGGGUCAAAUCAGUAUGAAGGGAGACUGGAAGUAUGGCAUUAUGGGACUUGGGGGACAGUAUGCGAUGAUUAUUUUGAUGUGCUGUCAGCAAAGGUUGUUUGUAAGAUGCUAAAGUAUCCACAUGCUGAUCCUACAGUAUUCGGAGCGGCUCACUUUGGCCGUGGAACAUUAUCAACAUUAUUAGACGAUGUAAAAUGUACGGGAUCUGAAACAAGCGUGUUUCAAUGUCCGCAUUAUGAUUGGAGAGAUAAUGAUUGUAGUAACAAUGAAGAUGUUGGUAUAUUAUGUAAAUAAGCUGAAUGCAAUGCCAAAAUGGGACAACAAGAAAGGUACCUGGCCAUCUUUAUUCAAAUGUUGUUUAAAAUAGAGUUGAAGACGCGAUAUUAUCGUUAAACGUUCCGAGUAUGUAUGGAAAAGAAUUGAAUACGAAGAUUUGAUAUUCCAUUUAAUUCACAAGUUUACAUAUUUUCUUAAAAUUCAAAGAAUACUUUUAUAAUGUGAGUACAUAUAUUUCUAUGUGUCAUUAUGUGCUACAACCAGAACUUUCCCGGACCUAUGUAAUGAACAUAUUCAGUGUCCUUUACAUAUUUGAAUGAAUUGGUGUUGUUUUAUCAAUCAAAAGUGUUUAACGUGAAUCCGAAUGUCUUCUCCGAAUCAUUUUUGUUAUGUUUAUUACCGCCAUUCAUCGAAGAAUAUUAUUUUCUGUUCUGAUUUUUACAUGAUUCUUUUACCGUCAGUGUUAUUUAGAAUAGAGUGUAUAUAAACGGUACUUAGUAUUGGUUAGAAACAUUAUUGUACCAUUUGUCAUUAAAAACAAAGAAAAUGUAGCAGGUUAAAAAAGAUGGUAUCAUUUUCAGUAAGUAAUGCUGCAUUCUAUUGCAUGUAUGAUCAUGGUUUGUAAAUUACCCUUCAGACAUUCACUUUCAAGAGAGCACGAAAAAAUACAUUUGUGAAGUUUGGUUUGUCACCAUCCUUUAAGUAUUAACACGCUUAGUAAACAGUUAUAUGCAUAAUUUAAAAAAGGAAUAAUUACACGAUGAGGUCUGAUUUGACAAACAAAUGACGUCAGAUAAACUACUACAACGUUCAAUGCAGUUCAACAUAUUUGUAUUUAUUCUCUUAUAGCAUAUUAGAAUAAACAUACAAUGUAGAUAUUAAUUUCCUUGCAUUAUAGUAUAAUAAUGCACGGUUAGUCGUUCAGAUGCUUUAGGCCUAUCGGUCUUUGUGAUUAUAUUUCUGCGCAUUCCAACUCGAACCUUGCGUCAUUCUACAACAAUGCACUGAAAUUGUAAUUCGACAAACAAGAAAUUUGCAGACUCGCUCAGAUU